AUGCUGGCCAGGGGAAACAACUGUCGGAGGUUUGGCCUGGGGCGUGGCCGGGGGCGUGGCCGGGGGCGUGGCCUGGCCAGGUUCUUGUAUUCCACCUCUGGAGUGUUUAAACUCCUAACUGUGACCCCCCCACCACACCUCUCAGCUCCUAACUGUGACCCCUCCCACCACACCUCUCAACUCCUAACUCUCCUAACUGUGACCCCCCCACCACACCUCUCAACUCCUAACUGUGACCCCCCCCCACCACACCUCUCAGCUCCUAACUGUGACCCCCCCCCACACCUCUCAACUCCUAACUCUCCUAACUGUGACCCCCCACCACACCUCUCAGCUCCUAACUGUGACCCCCCACCACACCUCUCAUCUCCUAACUGUGACCCCCCACCACACCUCUCAACUCCUAACUGUGACCCCCCACCACACCUCUCAUCUCCUAACUCUCCUAACUGUGACCCCCCCACCACACCUCUCAGCUCCUGUGACCCCCCACCACACCUCUCAUCUCCUAACUGUGACCCCCACCACACCUCUCAGCUCCUAACUGUGACCCCCCACCACACCUCUCAGCUCCUAACUGUGACCCCCCCACCACACCUCUCAACUCCUAACUGUGACUCCCCCCACACCUCUCAACUCCUAACUGUGACCCCCCCACCACACCUCUCAGCUCCUAACUGUGACCCCCCACCACACCUCUCAACUCCUAACUGUGACCCCACCCCCCACCACACCUCUCAACUCCUAACUGUGACCCCCCCACCACACCUCUCAGCUCCUAACUGUGACCCCCCACCACACCUCUCAGCUCCUGUGACCCCUCCCACCACACCUCUCAGCUCCAAACUGUGA